GGUAUGUCAUUUGAAAAUUUUACUCAGGAUGAUCCUGAUCCGAGAGAGCUCACGUACACGUAUGAACUCAUUGUGGGAGAUCUAUCAACCAGCACUGUGUUUCAUAUUUCCAAACCCGUUGCGUCAGAAAGAGUUAUACACACAAGACGCGUGCCUUUUGGGGUUCAUACGCUGUCAUUGAGCGGUUUGGACAACAGAACUUCGCUAAAGGAUACACGUCUUAGGACGCUGUUUGAGGAGCAUAUUGGUUCCUAUGAAAAUGGGGUAGCAUCACUGGAGGAAUUUACUCAAAAGGUAUUGGGUGAUCGUGUAGAGACGGUUCCAGGAGACAAGAUGUCAUCCAUCUUUGUCGAGAAGAAAGAUUACCAUGGAAAGAAACGGUAUGGCUUUCUCAAAAAAAGGAACGUUAUGGAACAAGCAGCUCGACGGCACUUGUCGUCAAACGAGUUCUAGAAAUAACAGAAGAAACGGCUGUUCCUGUUCUGGAAGGGACAUUCUACGAGCUGCAUCGCUCACGCGGCCGCAAAUUCGCAUUUGAAAUCGACGCAUAGAGCCAGCAUCCAUGGG